AUGAACGAUCUUCGCAGUAGAGGAGACAGACGUUUGAAUACUAAAAGCAAAUUGAGUCAGAUACAGAAACAAAUGGAUCGGGUCUUCACACGGUCUUCUGCUUUGUUCUGUGUGGAUGUCGAGGCUUGGGAGCAUGAUACAAAGCAAAUAACUGAGAUCGGGAUUUCCAUAUACGACCCAUCUUUUCAAGAAUUGGCUCUUGUUCCAAAUAUUAAAACAUAUCACAUAAGAAUCGCGGAAGGUAUAAACUUCAAGAAUGGCGAUUAUGUUCCCGAUCAUUCAGCCAAUUUUUCAGGAGGCGACUCAUAUGUUUUCUCGCGAUUGCAAGCUCGCUCAUUGUUACAGGCACUCAUUAACUUUUACUUUGGUCCCAAUUAUCCUUUUUUCUGUUCUCUUGUGGGGCAUGAUCUCAAGGGAGACAUAAAAUGGCUAGAAAAUCUUGGGGUCUCAAUCUCUAGAAAUGUGCGCAAGUUGGACACACAGACUUUGUUCUCUUACACUCACGGUCGUGAUAGGGCAAGUUUGAAGAACGCCCUCAGAACUCUCAACCAGCCGUAUGCUUUUUUGCACAAUGCAGGAAAUGAUGCUUAUUACACAAUUUUGCUAGCUUUGAAAUUGUGUGAUCCUGGAGUGCGCCGCUUGACUGGCAUCGAGUACUUUCAGCCCGGAGAAUACCCCGGGGAACCCGUUAAGUACCGAAAAUACCCAACAAAUGAGAGCAAAUUGACCGCGAUGCCAGUACUAAAACUCUUUGAUGAAAUUAUUGGUAUGGAGCUAUGA